CGUCUAUUGCCCCACACCAUUUUGUAGAUUUCCGCCAUUAGCCUGCUAUGUGCACAAGAUUUGGUUUUUCAUCUCUGCGAAAUUGUGAGAUUUUUACAGCCAUGAAGCAACUACCUGUGAUUUUCCUAUUCAUGCUCCUAUGUCAAAGGAAUUGCGAGUCCGGGACAGUUGAUAGGUUUGCAGAAUACAACGAGAUCAACGCAACAACUAAUUACUCAGUUUUGGAUGACAAACGAGCAGAAAACAAGGUGCUUGAAGACGCACUGCGAAACUUCAAUCUCAGUGCAUACUCCAACUUGGCGGCCACUGGCAACAAGAGCAAUUCACAUCCUAUUACAUUGGAACUUCACUACGAUGAUGAGCGGAAAUCGAAAUUUUUCAAACAUCGCCAGAAAUCGCGUAAAUUUGGCGAUGAUCUAAAAAGAACUGGGAGACGGGCGCCAAGUCAGAUCACAACAAAUCAUUGCAAGCUAAAACUUUUCUAUGAAAAGUGUGUGCCAGCGGGAGAAGAAAUCUCACCAGGAAAACUAAGCAUGUGCUAUACAUGCAAGAGGAUCUACCACGUCAGCUAUAACUGUUAUCCAAGAGUCCUCACUGCAGAAUUUUGUGAUAGGAGUAACGGUGAUUGUGCUUUCGAUAAUGGUAGACGUAAAGGCACAUGCAUUUCUACUUAUUCUACAGUAACGUUACUAGGAGGUGUAGGAAACGACAACUGUACGAACUUUCUGCCUGAGAACUUCGAGAUGCCAACUGGUUGCCAAUGUGCGCUCAGAAAGCACUCGGCUCUAAAGGCAACAUGGUACAGUCCAUCAAUCCAGCGGCAAACCCUAUCUGAUAAACGAUAACAUUUAUUUGUAUUUUUGUGCUUCAUAAAUUUU